AUGUUAGCCAUCCUCGCUUGCUUCUCAUUUUAUAACCUGCGCAACAUCAGAUGGGCGUUCGUACUACACUACGUUGCCGUUAGAGAUUUGGUGGUGGAUAGCACUGUGGCCUUCGUCGCGAUCCUCUCGGGGUUCUACAUUAUGAAGGAUCUUCACCCCAGUACAUUGGCCAUGGUCACAACGGCUUCUGGCGUCUACGCGCAUCAGAUCUUCCGCAUGCUUCAGAAGUCUGCGCCAGUGGACGACUCCCUUCUUUACAUGGUUUUCGGUGGCGUCACCAUUGCAGGAGUCGGGCUUCUGCUUCGCUACGACAAGGAUAUCUCGGACAUGUCAGGGACUGGCGCCGACCACCGCCUGGUGAGGUUUUUGACAGGUUGGUACGUUGUUCUUGUUGGGUUUCUGUGCGGCACAUAUCUCGUGUUCUACCCCGACUUCGCCUCCAUCGACACCCUUUCUCUCCCGGAUCUGUUGUCCGUCGAACACGCCAAGUCGGACAACUGGAUGUUGCAGGCAAAUCAGAGCAGAACAUUAGAUGAAGCAGUCCGAAACUACCGUGUUCGAUACGGCAUGCCGCCCCCGCCAAACUUUGACAAAUGGUUCGAGUACGCCAUGGAAAACGGUUCCCCGAUCAUCGACGACUUUACUCAAAUUAAUGACGACCUGUUGCCGUUCUGGGGCGUACAGCCAGAGGUUCUCAGACAGAGGACGAGCCACGCUCUCGCGCUGCCAUGGCUCGGCAUGGGAGGUCUUCGCAUCCGUGGAGGCAAGAUAGACAUCUCCCCCGGCACCCCUGGAUCACACAUGUGGAUGAUGGAGUCGAUGCAGGAAAUGAUUGAGCCGUUUGCGCAACAUCUCCCCGACAUGGACUUUGCAAUCAAUCUCAACGACGAGUGCCGCGUCGCCAUCCCGUUCGAAGACAUUCAGGCCCUACAAAACGACGGCCUCGACUCAAGAGCCAGAUUGCUUAGCAACCCAGCACUCAAGCCAUUCGACGCCUCGAAACAACUCUGGCCCAACAACGACACCGUUUUCGGCCCCAAGGUCAAGUCGCCUUACUUUGCAGACCACAUCCGCGACGAGAUCUACUACGACUUCGUCGCCCCGGCCUGUCCCCCAGACUCGCCCGCGCGCAACACCCGCUGGUGGUCCCGCCGCGAAUCCUGCCGCGACUGUCUCCUCCCGCACGCCGUCCGCGUCUACGAAAACGGGCUGGAGAACUACCCCGUGGUGUCCAACUGGACCGCGGCCACCGACCUCUGCCACCAGCCCGACCUGGCCUAUCUCCACGGAUUCCUGCUGUCGCCCGCCGCGGCGAUAUUCACGAAGGCGCCGUUUCCGGUGUUCAGCCAGAGCAAGACGUCCGGGUUCGCGGACAUCCUGAUACCCUCGCCGUGGAACUUUGACGAUAAGGCGGGAUACGACGAGGAGUCGGACGUCGCGUUCGAGAACAAGGAGAAUGUCAUGUUUUGGAGGGGGAGUGCCACGGACGGCUACGCUGCCAGGGGUUCGUGGCAGAGCUUCCUGAGGGCGAGGUUCGUCGCGGCUGCAAAUAUGUGGGAGAACACAUGGACGAUGUCGUCCGCUACCGCCGGCGAGGGAGAGGUUGUGAGAUCAGACGCCGGGCCACGUUUCGACGUCGGCUUUGUUGGGGACUGGAGGAAAUGCCACGAAGGCGACUGCGACGCCGAGAGGGACACCUUCUGGGACGGCCAUGACGAGCCGACGAAGAACAAGGUCAAGUUCCAGGAGCACUGGAAGUACACCCACCUCAUGGACCUCGACGGCGCGGGAUUCAGCGGGCGAUUCAUACCUUUCCUGCGGAGCAAGAGCGUCGUCUACCGGAGCGGCAUCUUCCGCACCUGGCUCGCGGAGCGGGUGCACGCGUGGCGGCACUACGUCCCCGUGGACGUGCGGCUCCACGAGCUGAAGGGACUGCUGUGGUUUUUCGGUGUCGACUACGAGGGCAAGAUCCGGGCGGCGCAGAUUGCGGAGGAGGGCAGGGUCUGGGCUGCGCAGGCGUUGCGCAAGGAGGAUAUGAGGAUUUACAUGUUUCGGUUGCUGCUGGAAUGGGGACGCUUGGUGGACGACGGGAGGGAGGAGCUUGGGUUUGCGUGA